CCGCCGCUCCGCCCUCCGACGGCUCCCGGCGAGGGCCACGCUUCUCACAAGCGCCUGCCGCCAUGGAGCUGGGGCAGGUUCCUCUGCUCUUCUCCCGCCUGCCCAUGUUCCCCUUCUUCGACUUGGCUCACUACGUGGCCUCCGUCAUGGCGCUGAAGGAGCAGCGGGGAGCUGUAGACGUGUCAAUCCGCAGUCCAGUUGCCUGCUGGUUUAGUGCUAUGCUUUGCUGCUUUGGUGGAUCUGUUUUGUCUUCCUUGAUGCUUGGAGAACCUCCUGUAGCAUUUUUGGCAAAAACCACAAAUAUUCUGCUGGCAUCUUCAGUCUGGUAUCUUGUGUUUUACUGCCCGCAAGACAAAUUCUACCAGUGCUUUGCCUUUCUGCCUCUUCGGCUUCUGGUUGCAGGAAUGAAAGAAGUGACUAGGACCUGGAAAAUAGUGGCUGGCGUUGCGCACGCAGACAGUCAUUUUGAAGAUGCCUGGCUUGUCAUGGUAGCUGUGGGCUGGGCCAGAGGAGCUGGUAGUGGCCUAAUCUCCAACUUUGAGCAGUUGGUGAGAGGAGUGUGGAAACCUGAAACCAAUGAACUGCUGAAGAUGUCCUACCCUGUGAAGGUAACUUUGAUAGGAGCAAUUCUCUUCACUCUGCAGCACAGCCAGUACUUGCCAAUAGGAAGACACAACCUUAUGUUUCUAUAUACCAUCUUUCUUGUAGUUUCAAAGGUAACAAUGAUGUUGACAAGAUCUACAGCUUCUCCAUUUGCUCCCAUUGAGGCUGCAUUAAGCCACAUGUUCUUUGGCUUGCAAAAACCACCAUCCAAAGUAAGGGGUGAAGGUGCUUCAUCUUCCAGUGGCUCUUCAGUCUGUGACCAGUCAUCCUCUGAGCAGCCGCAUGAUGGUGUUAAGAAGAGACAGGCAAAGAAAACAGAAUAAGUAGCUUACAAAACAUGAUAACCUGUGAAGAUGUUUUUAUAUUUUAGAUGAGGCUGAUUGAAAUAUUGUGGUUUUUAGUUUUUUUUUUUAAUGAAAUGUGUAUGAGAUGAGAUUAGGGCUGUAUAACAUGAUGGUGUUGUUUGCCUUCAGAAUGUGUUUUAUAUGCUUUCAGAAUGUAUUCAGAGUCUAAGUGCAGAUGUUGGAUUUCUAAGUCUAAAAGUUCACGUUUUUACAGUGCUUUUAAGUUUUAAGUAUUUUUUGUAUUUAUUAAUAGCUUUAAAUACUUAGAUGCUAAAAUAAGUUUCAAAAUGUGACAGUCAGCUUUGCUAUUUUUUCUGGUAUAUCACUUGGUUCACUUCUCUUUUUUCUUCUUGAUUCUCACGUUUCAUUUGGAUAUCAUGAACUUGCGCUGCCAAGUGUUCAAAGCACAAUGUACCAAGUAGGAAAGCUUGAUUAAGGCUUAAUCACGUUGCACUGUAAAACUAUGAAAAUGUACCACACUAAUGCCUUUGAUUACAGAAAUAAUGGAAUUACUGUUUUAAUUCCCACUACACUGGCCGAGGUUUUCAUUAUUUACUUAAGCCAAUAUUUUUUGCUCUUUUUUUUUUUUUUUUUUUUUUCAAAACAAGAUUUUAAUUUACGGAAUAGAAGCACCUCAGUACUUUUCCUGUGGGUUUACUUUAGUGUUUUUUGUAAGCAUUGAAUAUUUUGCUAUUUUUUGUGUUAUAUGUGUGAUUUUUUAGAUAUUGUUUCUAGUGUAUUUCAAUUUGACUGGGAUGAAACAUCUCUUCACCUGCACCUUUUUUCUAGGCAUGAGUUUUUCUUCUUUUCAAAGUCAAACAUUCAAACUUUUGUAAAAAAAAGAAUACUGGAUAGCACAUAUGCCUUGUUUAUCACAAGUUGUGCCCUGUUAUACUUGCUGUUAAUACACACAAAUACUAUUUUCUAGCAGUUACCUCUGGUGCUAUUGAGGAAGGACAGUUACUAUCAAAAGCACUGAAAGUAUAUAUUAAUGUUUGUUGAUAUUUGCUGCAUCCUGCUCGUUGCAUCUUUUUACAAACAGUAUGGAACAAUUGUCUUACACACUUCAGAACCAAGGUCUUUAAUGCUUCACAGAUGUUGCAUUUGAUAAGAUUCUAAUAUUUCCAGAGAAGUCUUCAAUUUGAUGUGCCAUUUCUAGAAUACAUUAAACUACUUUUACUGAAUGAGAUUCUUUGUCUUUGGAGGGUGCCGAUUUGAAGAGAAUUCUUGAAUAAAAGGACAUUGGUUAAUCUUUGUGUAGGAACGCCAAGGAGAAUGUGGAGGAAGAUGUGAUCUGAAAAGGCAGAGUUCUAGUUCCAGGAUCACAUCUAAAUUUAGAGAAAAAACUGUCACCAGUGCUGGACUUAAAAAAGAAUCCAAGAAAUUUCUUAUGCCUGUCAAGCUACAUUUCCAUGGUAGUGACCAAAGACACUGACCUUCUUAGUCUGGAAUUCAUCUGUAUAGCAAAUGCAUGCUACCUCAAAAACAAAGUCAGGUACUCAACACAGAAUAAAAGAGAACCUCCUACUCUUGGGACAACGUAUUAAUGAUGUUCAUACUGUUGUACAGUGAAAAUCUAUCCAGUUUAAAGCACUUGAAGUCACACUUGCAGAGUGUCUUAGGGUUUUGAUAUUAGGACCCAUGGAUAUACAAAUAAACUUGGGGCAGCCAAGUUUCUGCAUAAUAAUCAGCUAGUUUAUGUAGUAGCAUCAGCAGCAGUUGUUGUCUACUAUUCUUAAAACUUCUGGAUGGAUUCUUUAAUCUCAUUGAAUUGUAAUAUGAAAUUACACAGCUGAGAAAUGCUGGCUGAUAACCAGCCACACUUAUCCCAAACAAAUGCGAAAAUACACUUAGAGAAUUAGUCUAACAAGUUUACAGUUUGAACUCUGUACUUAAAAGCUGCAAUACUAAGAAAAUGGGUUUUCUUCUGUUUUACUGAAUAUUUCAAGGCAGAUAUGAAACGUAAUGUAUUGUGUAUUGUUAGGAGAAGGAACAUACGUUACACUGAAGGAAAUUCUGCAAUAAGCACUUUGAAAAUAAACCAUGUUUAAAGAUCUCACAGGCUUUUCUGUAGAAUGGGUGUUCAAAAGAACACACUGAAUUACGUGCAAGUAUUAUGGGGAUUAUUAAGCUAUUUUUUAGUCCAAUAAUUAUUCUUUUUUUGUUGUUGUUUGUUUUUAAUAUAAAAAUGAUAACUAGUUGCAUAUGGUUUAAGCUGAAUUCAAUAGGAGGCUUUAAUUCAGUGUAUCCAGGAUGCCUUAAAUAAACACUUAACUAAUUUCUGG